AUGGAUCCAACGAACUCCAACAAAAUUGUGGAAUGGAUUGGGGAAAACCUAAAUACGACAAUGUUUAUAGUUUAUGAACAAAUUUUACCAAAUGAUGCUUUUGGAUCUAUCAUGUUACAAAAUCUAAAACAUCGAAAUAUAGAACUUCGUGGAAUCCAUGCUUAUCCUGAUCUUAAAAGUCAAAAAGAUAGAUAUUUAUCACGCGAAUGGACUCAUGCUGAAGCU